AUGGGCACGCAGGGCGGCUGGGGCAACGAGGCGUCCAUGGCAGCUGGAAUGGGCACGCGCAGUGCAGUCUCGGAGGCCCCGCUGGCAAUCGGCAUGGGCACGCGGGGCUGGGGCAACGAGGCGUCCAUGGCAGCUGGAAUGGGCACGCGCAGUGCAGUCUCGGAGGCCCCGCUGGCAAUCGGCAUGGGCACGCGGGGCUGGGGCAACGAGGCGUCCAUGGCAGCUGGAAUGGGCACGCGCAGUGCAGUCUCGGAGGCCCCACCGGCAAUCGGCAUGGGCACGCGGGGCUGGGGCAACGAGGCCGCGCCGGCAAUCGGCAUGGGCACGCGGGGCUGGGGCAACGAGGCGACCCUGGCAGUUGGCAUGGGCACGCGGAGCGGGGUCGAGGCCGCAGCCGGAAUGGGCACACGGAGUGAGGCACCCAUGGCGAUCGGAAUGGGCACGCGCAGUUCAUACGCAGAGGCGCCCGCCUUUGGCAUUGACGCCCCAGUGCAAAGCUUCGCGCCCGCGAGCUUUGCCAUGGAGGCGGUGACCGUGGCUACCGGCCAGGCGGCUGGGGUUCCGAGGCAGCAGGGCACGACGGUGGACAUCGUGUCCUGCUGCAGCGAGGGACAGGCCAUGGGGCAGGGGACGAUGUGCCAUCGACCGAGCGCGGUGUCUCCGCCUUCGCCUGCAGCCCCCUCGGUCUCUUUUUCCCCGGCCCAGGCCAGCCAGACGACGAGGGAACCUUUCCAGCAGAUGACCGCAGAUGAGAUGCUGCUCUGGCAAGUGCCCAAAAGCCGCCGGGCGGUGCAGAUCGCCUCUCGGCCAGUCUAUUGUGGCGAAGACGACUGGCCGCCGGAGGCCGUGCCGCACUCCUUCAGGCCUUCCACCUCAGCACAGGGCCCCGUGCCAGUUCCUGUGCGAGAAGCUCAGGCCAGAAGCCCGGCUGAAGAGGAGUCAGAGGCCACAUGCAGCGAUAGAGAGCCAGCCAGAGGAUUCCAAGGUACACCCGCCAGUUGCCUGGUCAGCUUCAGCCCAGCGCCCCGCUACGACCCCCUGGAGGCAGGCCGCCGCAAAACCGUGGCGGCUGAGGCCUUGGGCGUAAAGAAGACGGCGGGCCGCAAGACGGUGACGCAGGCCUUCCGGCGGCGGGUGCUGAGACACCACCCCGACAAGGGUGGCAACACGACGGACUUCCAGGCCAUCAAUGCUGCUCACAAGCUUCUCAAGUCUGCGGACGACGACCGCGAAUGA